AUGGCCAAGACAUCAGGGCAACUGUAUGGGAGCGAGAUGAAUUUAAGGGGAUCAACUUCACGCGCUUCUUGGUAUCUCUGUUUUCCAGCCUACGCCGUGCCUCCGGCCCCUCCUCCGCAUAACUACCCCAGCACCACGUACACAAUAAUUCAGCAGCCUCUUCCCACGGCCUCCGUUGUUGUCGUCGGCGGUUGUCCUGCUUGCAGAGUUGGAGUCCUGGAAGAUACCUUCACCUGUCUGGGGGUCCUGUGCGCCAUCGUGUUUUUCCCCAUCGGGAUCCUGUUCUGCCUGGCGCUGAGGCAACGAAGGUGUCCCAACUGCGGGGCGACGUUUGGUUAAGGGAUCCCUCGAUAUGUGAACGCCCGGAGGGUUUGGGGAGCCGAAACUGUAUUGUAGAACCUCCCUCCCCGCAAUGUCGCUGUCCUGUACAAUCAUGUCGACGCUUCAGAGCUAAUUUUCUAUUAAUUGUGAUGAGGCUGUGUCUCUUGCAUGUCAAACUGUCCCGGGGGCCAUUUGUAUUGCAGGACGCAAAUCCUACCUGGUUUCUUGUUUAAAUGCACCUUUGGAAAAAUGAAAUAAAAGCAGCUCUUUUUCGCAUCUUCACAAUA